CUGUCAUUCAUUUAUUUAAUACUGUGUAAUAUUAGGCAAAUAAUGGUCAACACUCAACAAAUGAACAACACUUGUGGUGACCCGCCAUCGGAAGUGCUAACUAAAUACUUGGGCUUUUAUGUCCGUUGUUUGUGGUCUACAGAACUCGUUAACAAUUUUAGUUGCAAUGCGAGGGUUAAGCUGACACUCGUCGCACAGUCGCCGAACGGACAAAACAUGAGCAAAGGCUUUGAACGCAAAUUCACAUUUGAACAUAGGAAUGGUCGUGGUUGCACACGAUUCAUUACAUUUACCGAUCUAUUGAACGACGAAAAGGGUUUUAUUAAAGACAAUACGAUUGUUGUGGAGGCGAUGAUUAGCACCGAUCGACCCUAUGGUGUGAUUAUGCGCUCAAAUGAGGGCAAUAUUUUUGGCACAAUUCAAAGGAAAUGCGUUGAUUUGAAUCCGGAAUUGAUUUACUUUAUGAACGAUUCCGAGUGUAAUGUUGUGUUCAAAGUUGAAGGCAAACGGAUUCCGGCCCUCAAAGAGUUGUUGAUCUAUAGAAGUAAUUAUUUUCGGUCAAUGUUUUCGGGAAAUUAUACCGAAAGUAAGGGCAAAGAGAUUGAAAUCCAAGACACGACUCACGAGGCGUUCAAAACAAUCAUUUGGUACUUAUAUUCGUAUGAAUUGGCCAUCGAUUCGGAGGAAAUGUUAAUUGAUUUGGACUUUCAAUACGAAGUCUAUAGACUCGCCGAUAGGUUUCAAAUCAAACGACUUCUCAUUUAUUUUGAAAAUCAAUUGAAAGCAAACAUUACUGAAGAGAAUCUGGAAUUGGCAUUCAUUGAUAAAACAUUUGACAAAUUGAUUCUCGAAGACAAGGAUUAUGUGAAGAAAAUCAAUGGAUUCACUGAUGACUAUAUGUUUGAUAAGACAAUUGAAAGUUCGCGUAAAAAAAUGCGAAUUGGUAACGACGUGUCGGUGUAUUCAAGCGAUGGCCAGAUGUUAGGCUACGGCGGGGUUUCCAACGCCAGCCCUCUGUCUAACUUUUACAAGACUAGCUUCACAUACAGUGGACACCACUUCGAGUACUCCGAGUGCGCUAUUAUGUACGAAAAGGCCAUCACUUUUGGCGACCAAAUGAUCCCUCUGUCCAACUUUUACAAGACUAGCUUCACAUACAGUGGACACCACUUCGAGUACUCCGAGUGCGCUAUUAUGUACGAAAAGGCCAUCACUUUUGGCGACCAAAUCAGCGCCGAUAAAGUGCUCAAAUGCCGGACGCCGUGGAUGGCCAAGAGGUUGGGCCGAGAGGUGAAGCCAUUUGAUCCCAAGAAGUGGGUCGAAGCCAGGGAUCAAAGAGUGCCGCAAAUACUUUACGCAAAGUUUACGCAAAACGCGACACUCAAAGAGUGGUUACUGUCGACCGGUUCAGCCGUUUUGGCCGAAAUUGCCGUUCAAGACAUCGCCGGACACAUCACAUAUGAGGACCCCAUUUGGGGCAUAUGUAUCGGUGCCUAUCAUAAGGACAUCGAUAGGCCGAGUGAAUGGCAUAAAUACGGCGAAAACUUCUUGGGUAAGACACUGGUCAGUGUCCGUCAGACCAUCGCCAACGAGAUAAUGAGAUCUGGUAACGACGUGUCGGUGUAUUCAAGCGAUGGCCAGAUGUUAGGCUACGGCGGGUUUUCCAACGCCAGCCCUCUGUCCAACUUUUACAAGACUAGCUUCGCAUACAGUGGACACCACUUCGAGUACUCCGAGUGCGCUAUUAUGCACAAAAAGGCCAUCACUUUUGGCGACCAAAUGAGCGCCGAUAAAGUGCUCAAAUGCCGGUCGCCGUGGAUGGCAAAGAGGUUGGGCCGAGAGGUAAAGCCAUUUGAUCCCAAGAAGUGGGUCGAAGCCAGGGAUGAAAGAUUAUUACUAAACAUGAAAGGACAGACACUUAACACUAACGAGAAGACAAUGGAUGUGAUCGGCGGUCACACUGAAGAUGUGAGGGGUCGGUCUGAGGCGACCAUCAGGUUUGUGGUGAACGAUGUUAACCAAUUGACUGGUUAUCAAUUCAGCGCUGUCACACAUAUACGACACUUGCCCUGGCAAAUAAUGGUCAAUACUGAACAAGUGAACACCACUUGUGGUGACCCGCCGUUGGAAGUGAUAACUAAAUGCUUGGGCUGUUAUAUCCGUUGUCCGUGGUUUACACACCUCGUUAGCAAUUGUAGUUGUAAUGUGAGGGUUAAGCUGACACUCGUCGCACAGUCGCCUAACGGACGCAACAUUAGCAAAAGCUUUGAACAAAAAUUCCCAGUUGAAAGUAAGAAUAGUUUAGGUUUCCCACAAUUCAUUGCAUUUCAGAAUCUAUUGAACGACGAAAAGGGUUUCAUUAAAGACAAUACGAUUGUCGUGGAGGCGAAGGUCAGCGCCGAUCGACCCUACGGUGUGAUUAUGCGCUCAAAUGAGGGCAAUAUUUUUGGCACAAUUCAAAGGAAAUGCGUUGAUUUGAAUCCGGAAUUGAUUUACUUUAUGAACGAAUCCGAGUGUAAUGUUAUGUUCAAAGUGGAGGGCAAACGGAUUCCGGCCCUCAAAGAGUUGUUGAUAUAUAGAAGUGAUUAUUUUCGGUCAAUGUUUUCGGGAAAUUAUACCGAAAGUAAGGAUAAAGAGAUUGAAAUCCAAGACACGACUCACGAGGCGUUCAAAACAAUCAUUUGGUACUUGUAUUCGUACGAAUUGGCCAUCGAUUCGGAGGACAUGUUAAUUGAUUUGGACUUUCAAUACGAAGUCUAUAGACUCGCCGAUAGGUUUCAAAUCAAACGACUUCUCAGUUAUUUUGAAAAUCAAUUGAAAACAAACAUCACUGAAGAGAAUCUGGAAUUGAAAUUCAUUGAUAAAACAUUUGACAAAUUGAUUCUCGAAGACAAGGAUUAUGUGAAGAAAAUCAAUGGAUUCACUGAUGACUAUAUAUUUGAUAAGACAAUUGAAAGUUCGCGUAAAAAAGUGCGAAUUGUG